GCGAGCAGCAGAGACAGGUCGGGGCAACUCUGAGGGGGGCUCGUUGAGCAUUAGCCGGUGCUGUGUAAGCGAGGGAGCUCCGUGGAUGCCUUGCGUUGGUAUGGCUUGCUGAUUAUUACAUAUUGCACAGUAGCGUUCGUUGCCAUCUUUAUCUGGUGCUAGACGACGACGACGGACCCCUUACUCGUUGGCCUGACCUGUCUUUCCGCCUCCAGCUGCCAAUUGCCCUAGAUAUAGAGAAGGAAGCCAUUGCAAGAGUGCCGCUACUCACUCAUCCAUCCACUCACCACUUGGACACUCUCCUCCAGCCUGUUCCCAUCGUCAGCCAUCGUGGUAUCAACCCCGUCAAGCCAUCCACCCAGCAUGCCUGCCUCCGGCCCCUCAGCCAUCAAGACCAAGUACAGCUUCACCGACGACUACAGCGAGGGCGCCCAUCCCGACGUCCUCAACGCCCUGCUGCUCAGCAACAACACGCAGGAGGUCGGCUAUGGCCACGACACGUACAGCGAGACAGCCCGCGAGCUGAUCCGCCGCCACCUCGGCCGCGACGACGUGGGCAUCUUCUUCGUGCCCAGCGGCACCUCGGCCAACGCAAUCUCCAUCGCGGCCUGCCUGCGGCCCCAUGAGGCCGUCAUUGCCUGCAGCUCCGGCCACAUCGUCACGCGCGAGACGGGCGCCGUCGAGGCCAGCGGCCACAAGAUCAUCAACGUGGCGCCCCGGGACGGCAAGCUGACGCCCGAGUCGCUGACCAAGGCCCUCGACGACAACUGGCACUUCCCGCACAUGGCGCGCCCGCGCCUCGUCUACAUCUCCAACGCCACCGAGGUCGGCACCGUCUACACAAAGGCCGAGCUGACGGCCCUGAAACGCCUCUGUGAGGCAAACGGCCUGCUGCUCUUCGCCGACGGCGCCCGCAUCGGCGCCGCCCUCACCUCCAGCAUGAACGACAUGGCGCUGCACGACAUGCUCGACCUCACCGACAUCUUCUGGAUCGGCGGCACCAAGAACGGCGCGCUGCUCGGCGAGGCCGUCGUCGUCAAGGACCCCAAGCUGGCCGAGGACUUUGAGUUCUUCGUCAAGCAGCACGGCUCGCUGCUCGCAAAGGGCCGCAUCAUGGGCGUCCAGUUUGCCGAGCUGUUCCGCGACGACGACAGCCUGUACUUCAACCUCGCCCGCCGCGCCAACCUGGCCGCCGAGAAGCUCUCGCGGUCCAUUGUCGGCGCCGGCUACCAGCUCAGCGCAAAGACCGAGACCAACCAGGUGUUUGCGCUGCUGCCCCAGGGCCUCGUCAAGGCGCUGCAGCAGGAGUUUUCGUUUUACGAGUGGGAAAAGUAUGGCGAGUUCUCUGUCGUGAGACUGUUGACGACUUGGGCUACUGAUCCUGCUCAGCUGGAGAGGUUCAACCAGAUUGUGCUUGGCUGGACUCCAGAGACGCAGAAGACACUCUAGAGGGCUCCCCCCUUUUGACUCCUCUUUUCUUUUCUUUUUUUUUCCACGUUUGUUAAGAACAACUAGCGCAAUCUUUCC